AUGGAGCUCGUCUUGCAAGAGAUGAAGCGCAUGAUGGCAGCCAUUUUUCUGUCGCCACUGGUGCCAUGGCAGAAGAUUAAUUCAAUCAAGACGUAUGUGUACCCGAAGGACGCCUAUCGUAUCCACCACAUACACGACAACAAGGCAUAG